AUGUUGAUCUCCAAGAAGAACCGCAGGGCGGUCUACAAGCAGCUGUUCAAUGAUGGCGUGAUGUACGCCGAGAAGGACUUCAACCUGAAGCAGCACCCCGAGAAGGACCUGGAGGGCGUGUCCAACCUGGAGGUCAUCAAGCUGCUCCAGUCCCUGCGCUCCAAGGAGCUGGUCACCGAGCGCUACGCCUGGCGCCACUUCUACUGGUUCCUCACCGACUCCGGCAUCGAGUACCUGCGCGAGUACCUGAACCUGCCCGCCGAGGUGGUCCCCGCCACGCUCAUGAAGUCCACCCGCCCCUUGGAGAAGGGCUUCGGCGGCGACAGGCCCCCCCGCGGCGACCGCUUCGGCGGGGACCGCCCCCGCUUCGGCGGCGACAGGCCCGACCGCUUUGGCGGCGGCGACCGCGGCGGCUACCGCUCCGACAAGACCGGUGCCCCCGGCGAGUACCGCCCUGAGUUCCGCUCCGGCGGCUUCGGCCGCGGCGGCAACAGCGCCCCUGCCCCGGCCACCGAGUGA